CGCCCCCACCUGGUCACAGUUUCAAAAUGGCUGCGACCUCUGCAGGACGCAUCGCUGGAUUAUGCAGGCAAUUUCAGCGUUGUGUGUCAAUAUCUUCAUCUUUCAAAUUACAGCAGACAGAAUAUUCGUCGUCCAGAUGUACUAGUCUCUCACACAGGCUGAGCUCCUUCUCUCCUGUAGUGAAGCCGGUGCACUUCAGACUUUUCCAUACAUCUCAAAGCCGAAAAGGCCUGGAGGAAUUCUUCGAUCUUCCAGAGAACUGGGGCGAAGAAAAGGUCAAGUCCGGUGCCCCAUGGACAGGAAAACUGCUCCGGGCCAAAAGCAAUGAGGAUUUACACAAGUUGUGGUAUGUUCUCCUGAAGGAGAAGAACAUGUUGCUCACCAGCGAGCAGGAGUCCAAGAGGCAGCGCCUGCCCAUGCCCAGCCCUGAGCGACUCAAAAAGGUGGAGCGGUCGAUGAUCCGUCUGGACACCAUCGUGCAGGAGAGAGAGGGAGCGCUGAGGCUGCUGCUGACCGGUCAGGAGCGGGGCCGGCCCGGGGCGUGGAGACGAGACGUCUUUGGACACGUCUACUGGUAUCGUUUCAGAGAGCACCCCAGUCCCUGGCACUUGAACACCCGUUACAAGAAGAAACGGUUCUUCACACCAGCAUUUGUUGAGCCAUAUGUCAGGCGGCGGCUGGAGAAGGGCCUGCGCGCCAAGGUCAGGAAGGAGCAGUCGGAGAAGAGGAAGGAGAAGCAGCUGGCAGAGCGCUUCCCCAAAGCAUCGGCGCAGACGGCAUGAGUGCCUCUUCAGAACCAGCACCAGAGGCAGCGGACCCACACCCACACCCCUCAGCACACAGACAGAACGUUCUCCAACCCCUGAUCCGACACACAGAACAUUCUCCAGACUUGGCCGUCUUGAGGUUGUUUACGCCAGACGUGUGGAGCUCAACUACUGUAGCACUUGUCCGUGCUAGUACAGCCUCUAGUAAAACCCUGUCGGCACACCAAGCUAAAGAUUAUCUGGGCUCUGAACUGGCACACUCUCCAGCCAGCAGAAACAGCUGCCCUACCUGGGCCAGACUUGGCUGUUUGGAGGUUUACUCUAGACUUGUGAGGCUCAUAACCACUUUGUAACAUGACUGUGUGCUAUUGCAACCUCUAAUAAAAACCUUUCCUGGACCAGGGGGGGUAGUCCAAGUUCGUGGUUUAGUGACAAACCUGGUUAAGUUAAGUAAACCUCCUAAUAGAGGAGAAUAAACAAAACAAUUAAUUGGGCUCUUGUUGGAAGAGGUUUACCACUUACAGUACUGAGUUAACUUUACUAGGUUUGUCACUGAACCACAUACUUGGAAUUACCCCACUGGUGGUCUUAUAAAAGCCAUUUCUGGCCAGAGGCUGUUGACUGGGCUGGUGGGCUGGCUGAAGCAGCUGGGGGCCUGUGUUAGCAUUUGGGGGGGUCAGGGUUUAUGUUGAUGUUAAGAAGAGCAGAAGAGGAGUUAUCGGUGUUCAGUCAUACCAGUGAAAAGAGAAACAUGUUUAUUGGAGUUCUGUCUGAUGUGAGAUAUGAUUAUGAGCAUCUAAAUAAAUACAGGUGACUUUUUGUACAA